AUGACCAUUAUACUAACAGGAAUCGAAUCUUUCAUAGUGUUGCGUACUUCAUUCACCAGAGUCGCCCGUGUUACUCCAGUCAGAUUCGCACAAACCCAGGCGUUGUCUAAGGCUGCAAUCGCCGAUCUACAAAACAGAUGGGAAGCUAUGCCAGCAGCUGAACAACAAGAUAUUGUGUCCAAACUCUCAGAACGUCAAAAGCUUUCAUGGGGUGAUUUGACAGAAACUGAAAAGCAAGCUGCGUGGUACAUUUCUUACAGUGAAUGGGGACCAAGAAGACCUGUUCACGGUAAAGGUGACUCCGGCUACAUCGCUAAAGGUGUUGCUAUUGGUCUACUUUUCUCUGUGGGACUAUUCGCUUUUGCAAGACAGUUCGGUGGUGAACCUCCAAAGACAAUGACCAAGGAAUGGCAAUUGAAAUCCGAUGAGUAUCUAAAAUCCAAGAACGCCAACCCAUGGAACGGUUACUCCCAAGUUCAAUCCAAAUGA